GUUUCCUGUAGAUGGAGAGGGGAGGAGCAACCCUGAGCAGGUGAUCCAGGUGAAAACAGAGAAAACCUGAAGUGAAAGAGUUGAGUCAGUUUAGAGUGUAUUUUGAGUCGACAGUCAACAGAGCAGAAGAAGGAGAGCAGAAGGCUGAGGCAGGACCAACUGAAGUCCAGAAGAUGAGUGUUUGUGUGGAGGAAGAGGAGGACGGAGCAGAGUCUGCAGGAUCCAUAUGUCUGUCUAUGAAGAGUGACCGGUCCAAUGACCCUCCCCUGAACUUCAGUUUCAAACCUGGACCCUCAGACACAAAAGAGAGGAAGAGGAGUUCUGUUUCUGUGGAGGAGCAGCCGUCCUGCUGUGCUUUGUGUCAGGACGUCCUGAAGGAUCCAGUCUCUACCAGCUGUGGACACUGGUUCUGCAGACGGUGCAUCACCUCAUACUGGGACCAGUCUGCUUCAUCAGGAGACUCCUGCUGUCCCCAGUGUGGAAAAAGAUCCAGAACAAGAACUGCAAUUGACUUUGGUCUGCAGGAGGUUUUAGAUGAACUUAAGAUCAUUCUGAGGAGGAGAUGUGAACGUGUGACUGAAGGAAGUGAUGAAACAGGAAGUGGAACCCUCCUCAACAGGAUCUACACUGAGCUCUACAUCACAGAGGGACAGAGUGAAGAGGUUAAUACCCAGCAUGAGGUGAGGCAGCUUGAGACAGCUUCCAAGAAGAAGACCCUCCAUGACACUCCAAUCAGGUGCCAGGACAUCUUUAAAGCCUUACCUGGCCAACAGAGAGCCAUCAGAGUGGUUCUGACCAACGGCGUCGCUGGCGUUGGAAAAACCUUCUCAGUGCAGAAGUUCACUCUGGACUGGGCAGAGGGCUCGGAAAACCAAGAUGUCGGUCUGCUGGUUCUGCUCUCGUUCAGGGAGCUGAACUUGAUCAAAGAUGAGCAGCACAGUCUCCUCACGCUGCUCCAUGUUUUCCAUCCAACAUUACAGAAGGUCCCAGCAGAGAAGCUCGCCGUCUGGAAACUGUUGUUCAUCUUUGACGGCCUGGAUGAAAGCAGACUUUCAUUGGAUUUCCACAACAGUGAGGUUGUGUCUGAUGUCACACAGAAGUCAUCAGUCAACCUGCUGCUGACAAACCUCAUCGAGGGGGAUCUGCUUCCCUCGGCUCUCGUCUGGAUAACUUCCCGACCUGCGGCGGCCAAUCAGAUCCCUCCUUCGUGUGUCGGCAGGGUAACGGAAGUACGAGGCUUCACUGACGCCCAGAAGGAGGAGUACUUCAGGAGGAGAGUCAGUGAUGAAGAGCUGUCCAGCAGAAUCAUCUCACACAUCAAGACCUCCAGGAGCCUCCACAUCAUGUGUCUAAUCCCAGUCUUCUGCUGGAUCACUGCUACAGUUCUGGAGCAUUUGACUACAGAGCAGAGAGGAGAGCUGCCCAAGACCCUGACUGACCUGUACUCACACUUCCUGCUGGUUCAGAUAAAGAGGAAGAAGCAGAAGUACGAUGAGGGACAUGAGACGAGUCCACAGGAGCUGACGGAGGCUGACAGGAAGGUUCUUCUGAAGCUGGGGAGGCUGGCGUUUGAACAGCUGGAGAAAGGAAACAUCAUGUUCUACCAAGAAGACCUGGAGCAGUGUGGUCUUGAUGUCACAGAGGCCUCGGUGUACUCAGGAGUUUGUACAGAGAUCUUCAAAAGAGAGAGUGUGAUCUUCCAGAAAACAGUCUACUGCUUUGUUCAUCUGAGCGUUCAGGAGUUUCUGGCUGCAGUCUACAUGUUCCACUGUUACACCAGCAGGAACUCAGAGGGACUGGAGGACUUCCUUGGAAAAGACCUGAAAGACAAGAAGAGUCACUCAUCCCAUGUCUUCCUGAGCAGAGCCAUGCAGAAAUCCCUUGAAAGUAAAAAUGGCCACCUGGACCUGUUUGUUCGCUUCCUUCAUGGCCUCUCUCUGGAGUCCAACCAGAGACUCUUAGGAGGCCUGCUGGGUCGGACAGACAACAGUCCAGAAAUCAUCCAGAGAGCCAUCAACAACUUGAAGGAGAUGAAUCACAAGAUCUCUCCUGACAGAAGCAUCAACAUCUUCCACUGUCUGACGGAGAUGAACGACCACUCAGUACAUCAGGAGAUCCAAGAGUUCCUGAAGUCAGAGAACAGAUCAGAGAAGAAACUCUCUGAGAUCCACUGCUCAGCUCUGGCCUACAUGCUGCAGAUGUCAGAGGAGGUUCUGGAUGAGUUGGACCUGAAGAAGUACAACACAUCAGAGGAGGGACGACGGAGACUGAUUCCAGCUGUGAGGAACUGCAAGCAGGCUCGACUUUCUGGCUGUGGACUCUCAGAGACUUACUGUGAAGUUGUGGCCUCAGCUCUGAAGUCCAACCCCUCCCAUCUGAGAGGGCUGGACCUGAGUAACAAUGAACUGCAGGAUUCAGGAGUGAAGCUGCUGUGUGGUUUUCUGGAGAGUCCACACUGCAGACUGGAGACUCUGAGAUUGAGUUCCGGUAGUUUAUCAGAGAUCAGCUGUGCUUCUCUGGCCUCAGCUCUGAAGUCCAACCCAUCCUAUCUGAGAGAGCUGGACAUGAGUCUCAACUACGUGCAGGAUUCAGGAGUGAAGCUUUUGUGUGAUUUUCUGGAGAGUCCACAUUGUAGACUGGAGUAUCUGAGAUUGAGUUCCUGCAGUUUGUCAGAGGUCAGCUGUGCUUCUCUGGCCUCAGCUCUGAAGUCCAACCCCUCCCAUCUGAGAGAGCUGGACCUGAGUGACAACAACCUCCAGGAUUCAGGAGUGAAGCUUCUGUCUGCUGAACUGGAGAGUCCACAUUGUAGACUUGAGACUCUAAGAUUGAAUCUCUGCAGUUUGUCAGAGAUCAGCUGUGUUUCUCUGGCCUCAGCUCUGAAGUCCAACCCCUCCCAUCUGAGAGAGCUAGACCUGAGUGACAACAAGCUGCAGUAUUUAGGAGUGAGGCUGCUGUCUGCUGGACUGGAGGGUCCACACUGUAGACUGCAGACGCUGAGAUUGAGUAGCUGCAGUUUGUCAGAGAUCAGCUGUGCUUCUCUGGCCUCAGCUCUUAAGUGCAACCCUUCCCAACUGAAAGAGCUGGAGCUGACUGACAACAAUUUGCAGGAUUCAGGAGUGAAGCUGCUGUAUGAUGGACUGAAAAGUCCACAUUGUAGACUGGAGACUCUGAGAUUAAGGAGCUGUAGUUUGUCAGAGAUCAGCUGUGCUUCUCUGGCCUCAGCUAUGAAGUCCAACCCCUCCCAUCUGAGAGAGCUGGAGCUGAGCUACAAUGAGCUGCAGGAUUCAGGAGUGAAGCUGCUGUCUGCUGGACUGGAGAGUCCACACUGUAGACUGGAGACUCUGAGAUUGAGUCUCUGCAGGUUGUCAGAUAUCAGCUGUACUUCUCUGGCCUCAGCUCUUAAGUCCAAACCCUCCCAUCUGAGAGAGCUGGACCUGAGUAACAACAACAAGCUGCAGGAUUCAGGAGUGAAGUUGCUGUCUGAUGUUCUGGAGAGUCCACACUGUAAACUGGAGACUCUGAGGUCAGACACCAUUUUUUCCAUCUGUGUUGAGAUUAAUAUGAUGUGAAAGUUGUGGUGACACUAAACUGCAGAUAUAAGGCUAAUACACUGAUCCACACUGAGGAUCUUAAUGCUAAUGUCUAUUUUCUUCUUCAGUGGUUUAGUCCAUUGUAUGUGGCAGAGCAAUGCUGAGCUCCACAUUUAAAAUCUUAAUAUAAUGAGAAUAAUGUCCAAUGGAUAAUUCACUCUGAACUGCUCAGACUCCUGAUUUUCAGUUUAUAUUCCACACCACGUUUUUAAAUAAAUGAUAAUUAAAAUACAUAAAUACAAUGAAUAAAUUCUCUAUUUCAACUAUCAGAAAAUAACAAAUAUAUCCAGUAUUUGCCAACAUUGUUAUGAAGCUAUAUUAUGCUUAUACUGACUGAAUAGUUCAAACUGAAGAAGCUUUGAUUUUAUGACUCCACUAUUCCUAUAAGAAAAAUUGUAGAAAAAGUGCUUUUAGUAAUCUUUUGCAUUGUAAAUAAGAUUUUGGGAGUAUCAUGCAAGUUUUUUUUUCUGUUGUUCAGAUUGGUUACUUUUGUGGAGUUUGUUUUGGUGGAUGUUGAAGGGAGCUGCAUUUGCCCCCAAUUUGUAUAGUUGCAAACCUGUUUUGAGUUGUAACAUCAAUGUGUUUUUGGGUCUGUGACUUGGUGAGUUGGCCAGCUAGCUUUGGUAACAUACAUUAAGUCCUACAGGUCAUGCUUUGUUUGGUUAGUAUGAGUUUUGUUGUAGCUUUGUUUCCUUGUGUUGUGUGUCUUGGAUGACUUGGUUGGCUUGUAAGCCUUUGUUUUGUUUCUUUGAAACUUUGUGUGCUACUUUGGUUUAGUGCUUACAUUCCAGUUUUGUGUGCAUUUGGUUGCAGGAAUUUUGGUUUGUUAUGUCUAGCAGAAGGCCAACUUGUUAAUUUGAGAUGAGCUUUGCGUGCUCAUUUUGAUGUGAUCUUUCGGUCAGGGCUUUCACCUCAACUUCUGAUUUGUCAACACACCUCACUUUUCUGUAUUCCUACAAAACCAUCUUCAAUUUUCACAAGCACUGACUUCGUUUAUUUUACCUCUCCGGGAACCAUCGCCUUAUCGUGGUGGAGAGGUUUGAGUGCCCCGGUAAGCCUGGAGGCUGAGUUGUCUGGAGCCUAUUGCUCCUGGUAGGGUCUCCCAAGGCAAAGUGGUUCCAGUUAAGGGUCCAGACUGAGAAUGGUUCACAAAGAUGGCUGAUGAAAAAAGGUGGAAGAGGAGGAGAGACCCUGCCCGGACGAAGCCCAGGGCCCCUGUCUGGAGCCAGGCCCAGAGGGAAGGCUUGUCGGCCAGGACCUGGUGGCCGGGUUUGCCACGGAGCCCGAAAAAGCAACGUGGCACACCCCUCUCCAUCCUUUGGACACACCAUCCAUCGGAAGAUCCGCAGGGGUCUGGUGCGCUGCCACAUUGGUGGCAGUGAAGGUCAGGGGCCUCGACGGACCAGACCCGGGCGGAACUCUGACUAUUGUUUGUGCAUAUGCACCAAACAGCAGUUUAGAGUACUCUGCCUUCUUGGAGAUCCUGGAUGGAGUUCUGUAUGGGGCUCCAGCAGCGGACUCCAUAGUUCUACUGGUAGACUUAAAUGUGCAUGUAGUUAA